UUUUUUUCUGGAAAAACAAACCUCAGGCUAAAUUUUCCGUAACCUUCCCUUCCGACCAAAAAGCAGUGGUACACACAUAACCAUAAUCGAAAAGAAGCAGAAACAUGAACUGGCAUUCGGGCAACAUAGCGGAAGCCGUGGCGGAAUCCAAAUCCAAAAAUGCCAUCUUUGUCGUGUUUAUACAAGGUGAGAACGAGCUGUCCAGCAAGCUGGAGCGAUUCGUGGACGAUCAGCAAGUGCGCUCCCGUCUAGAGACCUCGGACUUUGUGGCCAUCAAAGUCCAAGGCAACAGCACAGCCUAUGGCCAGUUCAUGUCCCUCUACAAAGUCGUACCCAUUCCUUCAAUCUUCUUUAUUGGCAAAUCGGGCACACCCCUGGAUGUGGCCACUGGCAUCAUUGGCAGUGCCGAAGACCUGGUCGCCAAAAUCGACAAAGUCCUUGUCCUGUCAGGUAAACGGGAGGAGAACCAGCAGGCCGCCACUAGCAACAGCAGUCGCCCCUCACCCAGUCGAGAGACAAAGUCGCGAAAAAUGGCCGGAGCCGAUGACACGGCAAGUGAAAAGGCACAGCAACCCAAAACAGAUGAAGUGCCGCAAGCAACCAGUCUCGCCAGCAAAUCAACUACUUCGACACCGGCGCUAGACAGCAGUUCGACAGCAGCCCCCGAGAAGCCCAGCGUUUCGUCUAAGACUGGGGCUGAGCCUCCAGAUACACCAGUAAUCGGAUCCACAAUCGCCGCAGGAGACAAUAAGAACCCCUCGACGACUUCGGCGGGGGUUCGGCCGUCGCCCCCAUUGCCCGUUCAGACAUCGGCUUCUGCAGAGUUGCUGACUUUAGUGGGCUCCGGUUCAAGUUCCUCUCAGCCUGCCACAGCUGCCUCGGCAGCAGUAUCGGCACCGGCCGAGCCGAUACCGACACCGACACAGCAACAGCCAACCGACUCUGCCGUGCGGAUGGCUGAGAUACAGAACAGGCAGGAAGAGAAGCGCCGCGAGCAGGAACAGGAGCAGGAGCAACGACAGAAGAGGGAGAGGGAGAACACGCUAAGGCGUCGUCGAGAGGGAAAGGAGGCCCAGACCCAGGAGGCGCUCACCAAGGAGCAGGAGCUUAAAAAUAUGCAGGAACGCAUUCGUCGCAAUCGGCAGGAGGAGCAGGAGACUCGCGACCGCAUUCGCGCCCAAAUCGCAGCCGAUCGGGCGGAGCAGGUGCAUCGCGUGAUCCCAGAUGACGACGUCCACAUCGCAGCGAACACGAGCGCAGCGACCGUCAUGUCCGACUCGUUUAGCUUCGCGGAUCAGACGCGUCUGCAGAUCCGUCUGCCCGAUGGCGUGCAGCGCACCAAGUCCUUCCCGAUCGGCGCUCUGCUCGGCACCGUUCGCAUCUACGUGCGGAAUGAGCUGCUGUCGGGCACCGAUAGGCGCGACUUCACUCUGGCCACAAGCUACCCCCGGCGGGAGUUCCGCACAGAGGAUGAGGUCAAGACCUUGCUAGAGCUGAAUCUGGUGCCCAAUGCCGUGGUGCUGGUCCUGACCAAGGAGCAGGUCAACCGCGUGGUGCGCACCGGGGGCUCGUUGAUGUCCAUGCUGACCACUGUGAUGUGGGCGAUGAUUACGCCGGCAGCCAAGGCUUUCGAUUACAUCCGCAAGAAUGGAUGGCGUCCGAUUUCGCAGCAGGUCACCGUGAUGCUGGCCAACGUUCGCUGGCCAGGUCGUGACGGCGGUGCCAAUGUGGUCCUGGUCCAGGGCGAUGCUGCCGCUCGCCGAAACAUGGAUAUGUUCUCGAUGCGCCCCAUGCCGGCGCCAGGCCUCAACCCGCAGCCGGCGCCAGAGGCACCCGAGACAGAAUCAACCACACCGCCAGCGCCAGCCUCGCCGGGAACAGGAAACGAUGCUGCUGGACAGCAACCUGCUCAGACGCCGCCCACAGUGCUGGCGCAUGCCACGACCCAGGCACAGGCUCAGGAACAACAGUUCCAGGCACGACCGGGGGGAUACCAGGCACCGCGCUAUGGGAAUGCCAACAUACGACGGCUGCACGACGCAAAGGACGACAAGGACAACAAGGCCACCUACAACGGCAACUCCACGCAGCAGCAAUAAAAUAAGAAAGAAGGAAGGAACAACGAAGGACUCGAUAGACAUCAGCCUACUGCAUAACCUGUUACAACAAAAUUAAUAUAAAUAUUUAACUGAAAAUCAAUCAGACAAUAUUCCAAAUA